GGAAGAAAUACCUGUUCCAUAUUGGAUGUUCAGAUAUUUAUUACUUUAUUAUUAUAAUUUUUUGGGGGGGGAUUGUUGUAUAUGUCGUCUUGUAUAGUUAGAUAAUGACUAUUUUAAUUGUAUAUUAGAAUAUAUCAGUCAUAUGUUUUUUGUUUUAAUGGGAAAUAGCUGUAUUUGUAGUAUGCAUAUGAUAUCAACUAUUGAAUCCAUACAAGGUAUUGAUUCCUCUGGCCUAUAACAUACCACAUAAUAUGUAGCAUUUUGUCUUACAUGAAUUCAAUCUGGUAAUUUAGUACUCAUAUCUCCAUUUUGUAUAUGAAAAAUAAAGUGUGAUUCACUAUGAUAGUGUAAUUGAGUAGUAGAUUAGGGAAUAAGCUCUGUUGUAAAGACAAUGUUUGGGCUAUUUUUAUAUAUGUACAUUUUUUGUAAUCUGUUAUUUCGUAUGGACCUCUUUUGUGUAUGUGAAGUGACUGACUGAAGGUGAGGCAAAGGAAUUCAGUGUAGGGUUGGGAAUCCAGGUGGAUUUUAAAACUGUAGUCUCAUUUUCAAUAAAUCUAGUUUUUGUAUUUUGGGUUUUUCUACCAUAGUGAAAUAUAUGUUGUAGAUUUAUUUUUUACAUCUUAAAUACUGAAGGAAGAGCGGUAUUGUUUGCAGUUUUUGGUGUGUAAUUUAUUUUGGUUUUGGGGAUAUUGAUUGAUGUGGUAUCCAUACUAAACGUACAUACUAGUUCAUUUUUUAGGUAGGAUUCAGGAGUUAUAUUUUUGUACCCACUUCAGUUUUUUUUUUACAUGUUAAGUAAUAUUUUCAAUAUGUAAAUUAUACUCAUUUUGAAAUGAAUCCAUCUACAUUUAUUCAUUAAUGAGUAUAAAAAACGUAAGAAAUUUUCGAGCAAACCAAAACCAUUCCAGUUUUGCGAUGUAUUGUAACAGUAAAAGAUAUUUCAAUAUAUAUAUUUGUAUUAAAAGUGAAACAAGGAUGUUCACUCUCUUUAAGAUAAAAGGUAAUGUUAUCUCCUGUAAUCCAUAAAUUUUUUGAGAGCGUAGUACACACUCUUAUCUGCUCCUUGUACCCAAGAGAUAAGAUCAUUAGAGAUUAUUAAACAUAUCUGAUGCUAGAUAGAGAUUUGACCCAUUAGUUAUUAAGGAAAUGAGUUAUAAUUAUCUCCAAAAUGAUUUGUGAUUUGGAUCUUCAGUACACAACAGAUGCAAAGAAGAGAUAACACAGGCUAGCGGUUUGUGGCUGAGGCACAGAGGAUAAAUGCCUGACCAGCACAAUGGAUGGCUCAACCGGACAGAUCAUCUUCGGCAUCAUCUUCACCUUUGUGGUCACUGUUGUCAUCGUCAAGUUAGGCAAACGUUCCCUGCACCACGAUCUCCGAGCUCGUGAUGUCACCAAGGGCCAUCGCUGGUGCUACACAGGAAUGUUCUCUAGGCCUUCCUACUGCAACAUUUGCGAGACACUCAUCAUGGCAAGUGAUGGUGCUUUCUGCGACUCGUGUGGAGUGUGCGCUGACUCUCCGCAGUGCAUCAAGAAGGCCAACAAGAAGCUCCCUUGCAAAGUCAUAACCACAAAUGCCACAUCACACAAACACCAUUGGGUCAAAGGAAACCUGCCCUUCAAUGCCCAGUGCGAUGUCUGUGAGGAGGAAUGUGGUGUUGAACCAGAGCUGAGUGACUACUGGUGUUGCUGGUGUCACAGGUCUGCCCAUGAAAACUGCCUGAAACACUUGGCGGAGGUAUGUGACCUUGGGAAGCUAAACACUUGCAUCGUGCCACCAAACUGCAUUCGCCUGCAGACCCUGAGGAUGAGGAAACACCUUCUGAUCAAGGAAGCUCUCCAUCCGAGGAUCAACAAUUGGAGUCCGGUUAUCGUGAUUGGCAAUCAGAAAUCUGGCAGCAAUGAAUGUGCCAAGAUUUUGUCCUCGUUCCGAAGAUACCUCAACCCGGCACAGGUACUGGACCUUGCCGAGCGUCCCCCAGAAGAAGCCCUUGAGUGGUGCCAUUUGGUUCCGUCAGGAGUCAGGUGCAGGUUCAUUGUGGCCGGUGGGGAUGGCACUGUUUGCUGGGUCUUGAACGCCAUUCACAAAAUGAAAUUUGAGACAGAGCCUGUGGUAGGUAUACUACCUCUUGGGACAGGUAACGAUCUCUCUCGAGUGCUAGGCUUCGGCGAGGGUUAUUCUGGGGAUGUGGAUGUGGAGGAGUAUCUGCGGGAUCUGUUCCUGGCCUGUGAGACCAAGCUGGACAGGUGGAGGGUCCAGGUAGCACCAAAUAGGAGCUUGGGGAUCAGAUUGCCAGUCCGAGAGAUGUUUAUGAAUAACUACCUCAGCAUUGGAGUGGAUGCCCUUGUGACUCUCAACUUCCAUCGAGCCAGAGAGUCGCCGUUCUACAUUUUCAACAGCCGCACCAUAAACAAGAUGAUCUACUUCACCUUUGGCACCAAGGACGUGCUUGAACAUGAGUGCAAAAACCUCGACCAAAAGCUGGAACUGCACAUGGACGGCAAGAAAAUAGACCUUCCAAACAUCGAAUCCGUUGUAGUCCUCAACAUAGCCUGCUGGGGAGCUGGUGUGCGACCGUGGACACUUGGUGCUGGAGGAGCUGACGCCCCCAAGCAAGACUUUGGAGAUGGGUUGCUAGAGGUCUUCUGUCUGGUGUCGUCCUUCCACAUCGCGCAGCUGCAAGUGGGACUCAGCGAACCCAUGAGACUUGGCCAGUGCUCGUCGGUAAAGAUCUGCCUCAAAGGAACAGCUCCAAUGCAGCUUGACGGAGAGCCCUGGGAACAGCGACCGAGCACCAUCAGCAUCUCCUACAGCCACCAGGCGUCAGUCCUCAUGAGAGAGGAUUUGCCUGUGUGAAAGAAAAUCUGAAGCUUUCCGAGAAUCUAUGUCAACCAGCCUAGCUAGAAUUAAUAGUGAUAAUGACACUAAGAAUAAAGAUAUAAAAAACAGUGAAGAAUCACUUGUUUUUAUUUUGGAAAGAAAUUUUAUAGAUUAUGAAAAAGACAAGGAUUAGGGAGAGAGAAA